UAAAAUACUUGGAAUUUACAAGUCCAUCUCAUUUCUAUCCCCAAAUUAUGUCAUCCUCCGACGAUACCCUUCCGCACCCACAGGCGGAGUGCUCAUCCCCGCCCCCAAACCAAUCCCAAAUCCAACUCCCCCUACUCAUCCAUCAGCUCUCCUUCAACCAAGACAGCACCUGCUUUUCCGCUGUCACCGAUCGCGGUUUCUUUGUAUUCAACACCGAACCUUACCGUCCUCUUAUCUGCCGUGACUUCGAGUCUGGCCUCUCCCUUCUCUCUAUGCUUUUCCGCUUCGAAGUCUUUGUCCUUGUGGGCUCCUCCUACUCUCCCUCUCCUUCUGCGGCGGCCACCAACACCAAAGCUCUCCUUUGGGACGACCAUGCUUCACGUUGCAUCGGUGAGCUCUCAUUUCGUUCCCCAAUCCGCUCUAUCCGUCUCCGCCGUGAUACCAUCGUGGUCAUUCUCUUGCACAAAAUCUACCUUUACAACUUUUCGGAUUUAAAACUCUUACACCAGCUGGAAACGACUUCAAAUCCGAAAGGUUUGUGCGAGGUUUCACAGAUUUCCGGACCUAUGCUGUUGGUAUGUCCAGGCUUGCAAAAGGGAAGCGUCAGAGUAGAGAAUUAUGGGAGUAAAAAAUGUAAAUUCAUAAAUGCUCAUAGUUCCAAUAUCACGUGUUUGGCUUUGACUCACGAUGGCAGAGUCUUGGCUACUGCUAGUAGUAAAGGAACUCUAAUCAGAUGUUUUAAUACUUUGGAUGGGACAUUGAUUCAGGAGGUAAGGAGGGGGGCAGAUCGAGCGGAGAUAUACUGCCUUGCUUUCUCUCCUACUGCGCAGUGGCUAGCCGUCUCAAGUGACAAAGGAACUAUUCAUGUCUUUAGCCUCAAGGCUGAUUCAGUAGUUUUGGGGGAUGAUAGGUCAACUAGUGCAUUGGAAUCACCUCUUUCUAAUCAAUCAGCUUUAUCAUCCCUUUCUAUUUUGAAAGGUGUUUUGCCAAAAUAUUUCAGCUCAGAGUGGUCGGUGGCUCAAUUCCGGCUGCCUGAAGGUUCCCGGUGCAUUGUUGCUUUUGGACAACAAAAGAACACUAUCAUGAUUAUUGGCAUGGAUGGAAGCUUCCGUCGGUGCCAGUUUGACCCGGUGAACGGUGGACAGAUGACUCAAAUGGAAGAACACAAUUUCUUAAAGCAAGAAGAACAUUUUCCAAGUUGGAAUGAAGAUUCAUAGUAAAACAUGACGAGUUUAAUCUGUAAAUAACAGAUAUAAGGUGGGGGUGUGUAUAUAUAUACAUACAUACAUAUGUUAAUGUAAAUGGGAGAUAUAUUAGGUUUUAGAUUUGAGGCUUUUUAACUGCACUUUCCGUAUGGUUAAGAAAUAAGUAUUUGCUUGCUUCUUUUUUUAA